CUCUACCUUUAAUGAUUUCAAAAAAAUACACUCCAGUUUGAUUACAUGUGGGGAAUAUAAAACUAGUUAUUGGAAAAAUCCCGCGACUGCAGCAGAGUGGUUUUUAUCUUACUGCAGACGUAUGCACAGCAUUAUGCAGAAAAUGUAUAUUAUAACAUUACAUAUUUUUCCCUCAACUGUCUGGCUCACGCGUUUUUUUUCAUUGCAGUGAAGUAAUACAUCUAUUUUUAGAAAGGAAAUAAUUUCUCGGUCUUAAAACUCGAGGCAAUGCAAAGAUGCAGUAUAGAUGUGACUGUAUGUGCAGUGGAAAUGCAUAUCGCAUGCCGAACGCCAGAGGGGUUCAUUCGAUAGUCACCGCGGAUAAAAAUAUAUGAAAUUUUCUGAAUUUUUAUAUUCUUAAAUUUACUUUUUAAACAUUCCAUGGAUUAAAAUGUGAAAACUGUUCAACUUAAAUGAUAUAGAAUUUGUAUAAUGAAACUGUGUGACAGUUUAAAUGGAGGAUAAGUGUAUUGUGAAACAGUGAAUAGACGAAUGCUAUUGGAACCUGGAGAAGACAGAUCAAAUAGCAAAAGAUGAAAUUCAGUCACUUUAAAUGUUGAUUAUUGCAGAAAAGCAGCAUCAGUAAAAAGAACAAAAUUUGUGUUGAUAUGUGCGUUUACCUGUGACAAAUGACAAAAACUACAGGUAAAAAUAAAUGUUGCAACAGUAGGGAAUAGAAUUAAAAUUCACGUGCAUAAUAGAAAUUAUAACUUGCAUGACAUUUGUGACAAAUGGAGUGAACAUAUUGAUGAAAAAAUAAAAAUUAUUGCAGUGCUGCAGAUACCAAAGCAGUAAAACUUCAUUAAAAAAAUAUCACCGUACAUUCUGUUGCCAUGGAAAUAGCAUGCAGAUUUUAUGAAAAAAUAAAUAAUUCUAUAAUUGUCAUUUUUGAAAAGGAAAAGGUAGUGAGAAAAGACUGUCAUUAAAUUUUACAGGUCUUAGCGAGUAUUUAAACAAAAAAGGAGGAAAAUUUCAGACAGAUAAUGUAAUACUCCGGAGAGUGAUCAUUUGUGUUAAAUUGAUGGGAAAACGCAGGUUGAGAGCAAAUUUUGCAACUUCUACCGAGUGUUAAAAUUGACAAAAUAGUUAACAUAUAUCAUAUGCAAAAGUACAGGAUUUCAUGUUGCUGAAAAAAUAAAAGGUUUUCAGAAAUUUUACAGCUCGUACAUACUCUAGCUUCUGAUGUAAAGGGAGAAAAACCAAAACUUCUGUUUUCAAAAAUGAACUUUUUGCAUUUAAACAGUUUCUAAAUGCGUUCUGUUAAUAGAAGGACUUUUCAAAGAAUGCAACAUGUAAAGUGCGUGAUGUUAACAGUUUUUUUAUUAAACACAUACAAAAGUGAACACUAUAUUGAAACCAACAAGUAAAGGUGUGUGUUGUCUUUUGUGAAUUAUGUAUCGGCCGCCAGGUAUGGGAGUCGAUCCUUGGUAUGAGAAUUUUAAAUUCUUUCUCACAUAUUGGCUACUGUCGUCAAACAACAGAGACCGGAUGGGAGACGGUGAUCAGCUGCCGCCACUCCCGCCAAACGGGCCCCAGGGACAUCCAUUCAUGUCCCCACCCCCACAUCACAAAAAUGGCCAUGAUGGUCAAGGUCAUCAGAACACAAAUUCAAAAUCCCCAAGUUCCGGACCUAGCUCAGCCGGAAAUGCUCAGCAAAUCAACUGGGAUUCCAUCGAGAAGAACCAGCAAUCUGGUAACUCACCAAGACACGGAGGACAAAAUCUGUCCCUGGCCAACAGCUAUAAUACUAGUCUUGAAUUAAAACAGACUCUUCCGCCACACAGUGGACCAAAUUCAAUGGGCGGACCAGGAAAUCAUGGACCACAUCCAAUGAAUGGUCCUGGAAAUACGGUGAUUCCAGAACAUCUUAUCAUGGACAAAGAUCGGCGACAUGUUUGUCCACAUUGUUACAAAGGGUUCCGAAGUCGCCAGCAGCUGAACCAACAUAAUCUGGUACACUCGGGGCUCCGGAAGUACCACUGCCUGUACUGUGAGAGGGCAUUUAAACAGUUGUCUCACCUUCAACAACAUCACAGAAUACAUACAGGGGAGAAGCCAUACCGAUGUCCUUUAGAUGGUUGUGAUAAAGCCUUUGCUCAAAUGUCGAACUUGCAGCACCACAUGCGUCAACAUGAUAAAAGCACGUUUGGACAGAAACAGUGCAUGUGCCCUUUCUGUGACCGUGGUUACGCGAGUGAAAAAAGUCUCAAGUCACAUCUUAGCAAGAUGCAUCCUGACUCAAAACUUCUGGGUCUUGGAGGGCAGAGGAGUAAUCUCCCCUUGAUGGAUGGUCAAGGUCACCCGAUGUUGGGCAGCCCCCAACCUGGUGUUACGAUCUCGCAUCACAACUCCCUACCCAUGAUGCACCAUUCAAUGAAGUCUCCUCUCACGCCACCUGGUGGCCCAUUAGAACUCACAGUAAAUUCUCAUCAACGAAAUGCCAUGGGAGCAGAUGGAAGAAAAUACAGUCUAGAUUCUGGGAAGUACUCCGUGAAUAAUGAUAUGCCACAUGACAGUAAAAUAUUUCAGCGCAGUUUAUCAGAGCGCCUACCCGAUAGAGGGCAUGAUAAAAUAGACAGUAUGUUUGAACAAAGAUUUGGUCUCCAAAACCAUUUCCGAGACAUGAACCGUUUCAAUGACAGAUCAUUUGAGCCGUUUUCUCCGAGUAGAUUCCACGAUGCUGUACGUUCCUUUGAUAUUAAGGAUUUGGAGUCUAAAUUCUUUGAUCCAAGUGGUGAAAAAUUUCAGAGAAUGGCUGAAAAUUUCCAAGAGUUUAGGUCACGAUUCCAAGAUCAGAUGUUACAAAUGAAUCGGCGAGAUGGCGGUCGCCAAGGUGGCAUGUCCUUUGACAGUCGUAACAUGUUGCCUGAUAUGAAUGAUAGAAGUAUGUUCUUUAAUUCUCGAAAUGACAUGGUAGAUUUCCCUCCAAGAGAUAGGUACGAUAAUAGUCGUAAUUAUAAUGGCAUGAACAUAAAUGGAAUGGACAGUUAUGCUCAGAAUCGCCAUGAUGACUUGCGGCUCCGAAGUCGUAAUGAUAUGGGAAGCAGAAAUAAUCUAAGCAGUCCUAACUACAACAGGUCAGAUCGCGUCAACGAAAACUUGGGAAUGGGGAUGGAUACUCAGAUGUCGUUGGAAAUGCGUCGAAGUAGUCUUAAUAUGGAUCAAAAUAUUAACGCAAGAAAUAGUUCCGCUAAUUCUGAUAUCAUUAUGAAUCGUGCUAACGAAAUGAAUCAUAACCAAGAUAAUCAUUUACGGUCAAACCAAAGAAAUGGCAUGCUUGGUUCACAGGACAAUGAUAUGAUUGGAAUGGGUGGAAGAAAUAGCAUCGAUAUGAAUUUGAAUAGUGGCCGUAUAAUGCCCGCUCAGAUUCCAAGAACAGAUUCGAGGAAUAAUUGUAGCGGAAUCAUGGCUCAAGAAAAUAAAAUGAUGUUAGGAAGUGGUAGUAGUAGUGACGGAGGUCAUAGUCAGAAAGUGGGUAUGGACAUUGUGGAGCAUGGAGCGGAAAGGGUAGAUAAUGAUUAUAAUGCCCGAUUGCAUAAAUCUGACGUAAAUAAAGCCAGUCGUAAUGAUUUUGAUAUGAUGGACAGAGGUAAUAUAAGAAUGAAUACAGAUAGAGGAAUACCAGAGGAGAAGUUGCAGCAAAAUGAAGACAUGGUAAUAGAUGACAAUAUGAAUAUGGGCAAUGUUCAUCAAGAAACGGAUGAGAUCCGAAUGCAGAGUCGGAACGGAAAUAUUCCGAUGGGGAUGUGCAAUGAUAUAGAGCUGAGCAGUCCUAGUAAUGGAUACGCUGAAAAAUCUGAUAUUCAUACGCAGAAUAUGAUGAUGGCUGACGGAAAUAUGAGCGGAAGCAUGCAAGAUGACCUAAACUACAAUCGUGGGAAUAGUUUAUCGCAAAUGAGCAGUCAACAUUCAACAUCCAAACAAAAUGGACAUGGUAAUGUAAUACAGAAUGUACAAGACACUGAAAUGGAAUUUGUAAAUAGAAGUGAUGAUAAGAAUUCGCCCACUUCAAAUCAUAUAUCGGACCCAAAUAUAAUUAGACAAAGAAAACAGCGAAAACCAGCAAAUCCACAGCAUGUUUUCAUGCCAUCUAUCGAUCACUACACUAGCUUUGCUGCUGAUGAAGUGGAGGAAUGUGGGGCACUAAUGUAGAUUAUCCAAUGAAAUCACUUGUUAUAUGUAAAACAUCCAAUCAGAUUGGAUAUAAAAAACUUGUUAUUUGUCAAUCAUCCAAUCAGAUUGGAUUUAACAAAAUGUCGAUUGAUUUGACAUUUUUAUAUUUAAUAUUGAAUCUCAUUGGUGUUUUAUUGUUUUUGUUUCCUUUUUUUCUGUUUCUUUUUUUUUUUCAAAAAAAGUCUUGCUAUAUUGACUAUUUUUUGUGGAAAUUGUCCUAUGAGGAUGGCAGGAGUGCCUGUGACUUAAUUGUGCUCCAUAUGUUAAUUUGUUGUGUCUUUAGUCUUAAGGAUAUUCCUCUGAGAUGGUGUUAUAAAACACAUCUUUUUUUCUUAUUAUUUCAUAUUGUACAGGAACCAAUGUAAUUGGUGGAAAACUCUAGUAUCUCGUUGUGUUCAUCAAGUCAUUAGUCAUUCAAUAUAAUUUCAUCACCUCAGUGUAGAAAGAAAAUAAUUGCAUUGAAAUAAAGAAACUCUUUUACAAUAUUGCAUGGAGGGGACAAUAUUUGUUAUCCGAUGAAUAUAAAAGACAUUAAAAUUGGCCAUAUUCAUUUUCAUAACGAUUCAUACUAUGUUAUUUUGAGUUGUACUUGAACGGAAGUAAUGAACGUUGAGCUUUCAGGCAUAAAUUAACCCUUAGCCUGCUGGUGGCAAGUGUUAUUGCCUUUGUGACCAGUGCAGACCAAGAUCAGCCUGCACAUCUGUGCAGUCUGAUCAUGAUCUGCACUGUUCGUCAUUCAGUCAGUAUCUUUUUGGUAAGCACACCUUUUAACAGUUAAUGGUGCUGUCCAAAUAUAAAGAUGGACACGUUUAUUAUAAAAGUUUAGCAGGGUAAGGAUUAAGUGUGUAGGAAAGCAUUUGCACAUUUACUAAUGAUAUUAAGUAUCAUACAUGGGCAGAGUAUCUGAGAAAAGUUUAUUUGAUUUCUAAAACAAUGUUUACCUGUCUUCUCUUUCAUUUUCUAGAAUACCCUUUUAAGUAUCUAGUAUCUUCGACACUCAUUCUCAAGAUCUGCACAAGUCAAGAAAUACAUGAUGGUUCCACGAAAUAAGCACUCUCAAGACAUGUUCAUUUCAUACUAGUGCUUUCAUGUGAGGAAGUUAAACACUGUUGUUCAGAUGCGAUUCAAGAAAAGCUUUCGGUUAAAGACCUUUGGCUGAAUUGUUAUAACUUAAUGUAGAAACAUUAUUCAGAUCAAGGUGCGAUAGUGGUUGGGUUUUUCACAUUUAUAUACAGUUACUUUUUAACUCCCAGUUGGAAAUUAUUCAUGCCAAAUUGUUGGCAAAUUUACUUUAAAUGAUUACCAGUAGAUUCAUUAUAUGGGAUUUCUUAAGUUCUUGUUCUGCAAUAAGAAAUUUACUGCCUUGAAUUUUGAGGAAAUGUAUGACCUAAGAUUCUAUCCCUGUAAUGGGUGACUAAUUUACAUAUACUCGUUUCCAUGGAAACAAAAACAAAAUGAUCUUUCUUCCUCCAUAUGAAGAUAAUAAAACAAGUGAAGUUUGUGUUUUUUGGUCCUUUUCAUUCUCAUAAAAUACACUUAAUUGCACAGAAUAAAUUCUGUAAGGUAAAAAAUGGAGACCUUGUUUAUAGCCUCACACACCAGGUUCAAUAUGACAAUUAGAUGCAUGUUAUGCAUGCUUCUAAUGCACCUGCGCCUCAUUGAUAAAAAUGAGCAAUAUUACCAUAUUUGGGCAUGUAUGGAAACUUCUUUGAAAUUGUAAGAAAAGCAGAACAUAAACUAUCCUCAGAUGCUGUAACAAAAACCGUGUAAUAUCGCGAGUGGAAUCUGACAAAACUUCUAAUUUAGUAUAAGAAUUAUAUUGAACGAUUGUUUUUAUAAUGAAAAUGUAUUUAGUGUGAAAAAUAGGAGAGAAAUUAUAAGAUUUUAAAAUUACAGUUUUUCCUCAAAUAUAAAACAUGAAGCUUUCUGGAAAUUCAAGUCAGUUAAAAAGCCACUGUAAUGUGCUUGAUUUUUUGCUGAAUUUAUUUUUAAAAAGUUGAAAUGUCAAGUUGUUCCAGCUUCAAGUAUUUGAAAUUACAAAUUAACAUUAGAAUUAUCACUUGGAUGAUGACUCUUAAACGGUUGCAAUGCCAGCGAGGUGAUUGGGGAGGGGAUGGAAUGUAGGGGAGGUGGUCAAGUGGGGGUGGAAUCUCAAUCUCUUUUGAAACGAUAUUGACAAAUCAGAAUUGCAUUUUUUAUUAGUUUAUGAAACUUCACAUUAAAGUAAUAUUAACAAGGUAAAGGUUUCCUAUAUAGUGUUAGUGAAUGACAAUAUCCAAACAUGGGAAUGAAUGGAGCAGCUUGAUAUUUUCAUUCCCAGUUGGGCCCACACCAGUUCAUAUCCAGUCUUAGCUGAUACUGAUGGAAUGGGUAUCAGCUUACGAUAGACUCUGCGUACUGUACGUUUGUCAGGAAAUCAGGUGCUGCUUAGAAUUGAACCUGCUCAUUAAAAGAUGUAGUCCAAGCUGCUAAACACUCCUCAUAUGUAAAAUAUCCAAUCAGAUUGGAUAUAAAAACUUGUUAUUUGUCAAUCAUCCAAUCAGAUUUGCUUUAACAAAAUGUCAUUUGAUUCGCUCUAAGCAUAGCUGUUAAGUAUGAAAGAGUUGCUAGCUACAGCAAUAAAAGUGUAUUGGAAAGGAAUAAUAUAGUAUAUUUUGUGUCUCGGUUGUAAUGUGAAUAUCAAAGAGAUUCCAAUGUAACUUAACACAAAUAUAAAGCAUGUUUGUCAUAUGUUAUUCAAUUAACCAAAUAGUUUAAAACAAAGAUCUAUGAAAUAAAUCAGGUCAGAAACCCCUGCAAGAACAAGGAGCAAAAUCUAAUGAAUCUCGUGAAAAAAAUGAGAUCUUGCCUUGUUCACACUUAAUAAGCUUCUAGCUGACUGAUAAACUGAUCUGUUCUGGGUGAUACAUGAUUUUAUGGGAAAGUGGGCACUUUCAAAUGAGUGUUGGUAUUUCUUUGCUUAGUGUAAUUAAUACCAUAAAAGACUGAUACAAACAUGAAAUAUAUUACAGUGAGAAGGGAAGUAACUCAUUAGGGUAAAAUCUGACUGCCCAGACUAGGAAAAUUUUGCAAACUUAUCUAAAAAAGAAUGAUUGGGCUUGUUUUUUAUAUCACACUUUAUUGAGGAAAUCUGUCAACAUUAUUCAUUUGGCCAGUACGUUUGAAUAAAUUUGUCUUCACAAUUAUUAACACCUAUUUUAUUAUAUUUUCAUUGUUAAAUGAAAGUUCCUUUCUAUUUUUGUCACUUAUUUACAUUCUGAAUUUCAUUAUUUACAUUAAAAUCUUUUUUCACUUUUCCAUUUUAUUGUGAAUUGAAUAUAACAUGUCAUUUAAUUUUGUAAUAGGCUUGUUUGUAUGAUUGCAUACUGUUUUUAUUGUAUUACUUGGUAAUGAAAUGUUUAAAUACUAAAAAUGAUGCAUUUAAUAUUUUUUCUUGUUGCAUAGCAACAUUAAAUUUGUUGAGAGAAAUGUUGCUAAGCAACUAUCUUUUCAAAGUUGCCUUUUGGCAGGAAAGAACUAACAGAAAGCUUAAUGUGAUUGUGUGAUUUCCAAGAUUUCACAUUCUUGCAUCAUUUUAUUUGUAUGAUAUAUAAUUAAACAUAUAUAUGUAUUAUAUAUAUAUAAAUAUAUAAUAUAAAACUGAAUUCAGCUCAAAGCUAGUUUUGUGUUAACGUGCUAUUUUUUUUCCUUAUACUAUUAUACAUAAGGUGUAUAUUUGGUUGAUGUCAAGUUAUUGUGUAUAUUGCUUUUAAAGCUGUGUAUGGGAACAUAGCAAUGUUAAUUUGUUUUAGAAACAGUGCUUAAAGCUAUGGUGUCGAUGUUUAAAUGGAUUAAUCAACAUUUCCAAACUAUGUCAGUAGUUAAUUUAUAUAUUUUAAGGUUUUAAUUCAACAGUGUAGUAUCUUACACUGUUGGGCAAUUAAGAUACGAUAUUGCUGCGUUAAAUACCUUGAAUUAUUGCCUUUUUAGCCAUAUCAUUUUUUAAACAUACUUUGUCAUUAUGUUUGAUAGUUGUAUAUUGAGUAAUGUUUGUAUAAUUUUGGUCUCUACAUACUCAACCUUCAGUGUAAUCUAUUUUUAUUUAGUCCAAAUUGGCCAUUUAGGACUCUAAAAUUGAUGUAUUACUUAUUAUAUUGUUUUGUUGUAAUCAUUUACUGUUGUGAUUCUGAUGUCAUUGCUUAAAGGAAGUAUUUUAUGUUUAUCGUAGAGAGUGAGGUUUUAUUUCUUGUAUGUGUACACAAAGAGCUAUAAAAAUAAAUAGAUUGGCAAUUUGAAAGGCAUAUAGUGCAAAUCUCGCCAACCUCCCGUGACAAAAAAACGAGAUCUCGUUUACUGGAAGUGGCGUUUUCUCCACGUGCCAUUUUGUAUGCGAAAGCAAUUAUUCAUCAGUAAAAUAAUUAUCACCGUAUGACCACGCUUCUUUCGAUGGCAAAUAAAAACGUGUACUUCGUGUCUUAGGACCAUUUCACAUUAAACUAAUUUUGUUUUAGAAGCUAACAUGUAUUUUAAAUGUAGUUUUAAAGGUACGAAUUGUAACUCCAUGCUCGCUGAUGUUUGUUUUUAGUAAGAUAACGCCGAAUCACGCUCUGACACGAGCUCACGCGAGAUUACAGCCAGUUGCCAUUCUGUGUAUUUUAUACUUCUUUGGUGUACACAAUUUCAUUUUUUAUUUCUUAGGUGAGUAAAAUGUUGAAAAUCUUAACUUAACUUUACACUUUUGAUGCAGUUUAGACAUUCACAUUAAAAAUGUAAAACAUAAAUCUGAAGUUUAAAAUGUGUAGACUUUCAUGUGGAUUUUUUCUUUUGGUUGGGGGAUGGGGUUGGAAUUUUCAAUCGGAUAAUUAUUAUUAACUUAUUAUUAAUGUAUAGAGUUUGCUAUUCAUUAUGCUUGUUGAAAACUCAGCCUGUGUAUCCUGCAGGAAGGAUAUCUGUAUUGUGGUCUGAUAAAUCAGAAUCAGUCAUUUGGUCUUUUAAUUGGUAACUUAGAAAUAAAAAACAGUAAGAAUCAGAAUCAAAGGUCAAGGUCACUGAAAAACAUGGAAUGAAAAUGAUUUGUGAAAUCAAAGGCAGCUAGCUUGCUGUUUUGACUUCUGUUUAGUAACAUAAAAUACUUCCUUUUGAAAUAUUUCAUUGUCCAUUUUGUUUAGAAGGAUAUGUUCAAUAGGGUACUCUCUGCUAGGUCUGGCUGUUUUUCCAGUUUUGUGCUGUUCUAAAGUCUAGUCAUAACUUUGUUUUUCACUUUUUUUUUUUCUUUGGUGUAAGCUACUGCUACUAAGUAUAUGAUCUGGGCCUCUUGUAGCAAUGAACACAGUAUGUGGAGAUUGUUCCAUAUGCAUGGUGGAUAUUUAUACAUUAAAAUGACCAUUUUUCUCAAUUAGAGCAAUUCAUCUUUUAUGUUUACAUCAGAUGUUUCAUGUAUUUAGUUUGGUCUAAAAAAAGAUGAACAUAUCAAUGAGCAAGACAUACUAUUCCUACUUUCAGCAUGUCUGAAACAUGAUAUAAAGGGAGCUGUGGUUUAGUGGAUAAGGUGUUGGCCACUCAAUCCAGGGGUCUUGGGUUCGAGCCCCACUAGGGUCACGCCCACGUCUUCUCAUAUGACACCAGUACUGUUUUUUCCAGGAAACGGACUCGAGAGUGGUUCCAAUAAGCUUGAAGCUUUCAUCACAAUCGAGCUUAAACCAAUUACUGUAAAAUCAUUUAAUUUCGUGGGUAUGAAAUUUCGUGGGUUUGGUCAAAAUGGCAAUUUCGUUGGGAUAUGAAUUCGUGGAUUUCAACUUUUGAACAUAAAAUUAAGGGGAAUUUUACUUGUUUGUUGGGAUAAAAAAUUAAGGGGAAUUUUACUUGUUCGUUGGGAUUAAAUUUCGUGGAUUGACUCAACCACGAAAUCCAUGAAAAUUAGUCCCCCACGAAUAUUAAUGAUUUCACAGUAGUUUAAACUAAACACAGUAUAAAAUGAAUCUAAUUGCACCGGAGCCGUCAUUACAUUUUACUUUAUCAUAGACUGCCAGUUUAAAAUUUAAAAAGUGAAAAUUAAAACCAAAGUAUUAAACUACGGUAGUAUAAUUUGUAUAUCAAAUUUUAAAGUUUUGAAGAUGUUAGCUUUCUAUAUGACAUGUGUGGUUAAAAGAUGGAUUUCUGAGUUACAUUAUAUUUAAUUGUAAUGUCACUAUGAAUUAUGAAAAUGAUGUAAAAAAAAAUCUUUGUUUAACCUAAUUAGAAAAUGGCAGCAGCUUUCUGAUUGAUCAGUUAGAAUUCCUAUUACAAAUUCAUUCUCAUUGAUUUUUCAAAAAAUUGUUAAAAAUAUAUGAUUAACAUGAAAGAAUCAUGUACAAACACCAAAUACUGAUGAUUUGAACAUAGUAAUACACCAGCAUCAUUAACCCUUAGCUUGCUGGCAGCAAGUGAUUCUGCAUUUGCGACCAGUGCAGAUCAAGAUCAGACUGCAUGGAUGGAAGAUGGACAAGUUCAUGAUAGAAAUUCAGCAGGGUAAGAGAUGAACUGCAUCCUGUUUGCAACAUGUUUGCAAUAUGCACUUUUUGUAAUAUAAGGGAGGUUGCAGUUUCAGUACUAGUGUGCAUAUUUCUAGUCAAUCUGUAAGUACAAAAUAUCUUUCUGCUAAAAUUUUUCUGAUAAAUAUCUUUAGGUUUAAACUUCAAAGUUUGGAUUUUUAAGUGAUUUUUGAAUGUGUCUCCCUAAAUUAUAUGAAUACCAUGCAAAAAUUCUGCUUUGAUAGCUUACACACACAGUAAAAUAAAUGAAAUUGUAGCGUUAUGUGGCCAUUACCAGUAUAGGGAAACAUCAUUCUCUAUAAUACUCAAUGUAAUCUUUUUUAUAUAAUAUACGAUACAUAUACUGUAAAAUCAUUUAAUUUCGUGGGCAUGAAAUUUCGUGGUUUUGGUCAAAACGGCAAUUUUGUGGGGACAUGAAUUCAUGGAUUUCAACUUUUGAACAUAAAAUGAAUGGGAAUUUUACUUGACGUUGGGAUUAAAUUUCAUGGAUUGACUCAACCACGAAAUCCACAAAAAUUAGUCCCCAACGAAUAUUAAUGACUUCACAGUAUAUCUGGAGGUUGUAAUCUCUGAUAUCAUUUUAUUGCAAAAAGAGAUCAGCUGUAGGGAAAAUGAUACUGCAAUUCACUUUUGAAUGCUUGUCUUUUUUUUCUGCAAUAAAUAUUUCAUAUUAAAAUAUUUUAUUUGAAAGAAGAAAAAUGGAAUAUGCUUAGUAAUUGCUCAUUUAAAAUCUUAUAUGCCUAUCUGAUUACAAAUGAAUCUCUCAUGGGGUUUUCUAACUUAUUGAUCACAAAGUAGAAUCUGUUCAGUGCCUGCAUAAAAAUAACACCUGUUAGAAUUGUCAAAUGAAAAGUCUUGAAUUGAUUGUACCUGAUCGUAUUCUGAAAUGACUGACAGUAGAUAGCAAAAAAAUAUUGACUGUUGCAUUGUGCGAUUCACGUAGAUGCAUCAGACUGCACAAUACGACUAUUUCUGCAGGCACACCAGAUACGUGCAAAGUACUUGAUUGAAAUUGAGAAAUAUCUGUAUUGAAAAUUUGCAACAGGUAUUUUAUGUCAGAAGCUAAUGAGAAGUGAAAUUUAGAAUAAAUAAAGAUAAAAAUUGAAGAGAUCUAACCACCUAACCUUAUAAGCAUCUACAAAGUUUUCAGUCCAUAUAUUGUAAAUUUCAAUAUCAAACUUAAUUCAUUAAUUUAUGGCUGUAAAGUGUAAUAAAUAAUUUCCUGUAUAACUUUUACCGAUAAAUUGUGUGUAGAGAAAGAUCACACCACUUCUGUUAUCUGGACACCUGGCCCCUUGUUCACAAAACAUGUUUCGGUCUCAGCUGAGUUUGAGUCUGAAAUUUUAAUAUAAACUUUACUAAAACUGUAAGUUUAAAUUCCAACUGAGACUGACCAUCAAUACUGAAUAGGCAUUUAAAAAUAGUUCUUAACUUUAAAUUUAGUUUUAAACAUGCUAUUUAGAUAUAAAUGCAGACUCCACUGAGACUAAAUGUUUUGUGAACACGGGGUCAAGCUCCCUAUGAUCCAAAGUUAUAAAACCUUUUGGGGACCAGUCUCAAAACUAUGGCAUCUGAUUGGCUGUUUUUGAAGACAAUUUUCAAUUGACCACUGACAAAGUGGCAUGUUGAGACUGGUCCCCAAACCCAGUUUUAUCAACUUGGAACAAGUAUUUCCAUGCCGAGACCUGGAACCAGUGGUCAUUUCAUCUUUAGACUUGGAAAUAGUACUUUCACAUUGGAAAAAAAGAUUUCUGAGUCCAUGGUCAAAAUUUGAACCCACCUCCUUCAGAUUAAGAGUUGGGCCCCCUAAAACCAUGGCAAAUUAUAUUAAUAUUAAUUAACUCAAUAUUUUUAUUUGAAUAUCUAUUAAGUUUCAUAAUUUCACGAUAUAUAUUUCAUUGAAAUUUAAGCCUUCUGAAAAUGUCUUAAAAUAAUAACUUUGAAUAUUACUGCAUACAGGUGAAAUGUUCUAAAUUUAUUGCUGCAAAAUGGAACUUUCACUGUUAAAUGCUUUUUUAUAACAAUAUAAAAGUUGCCAUUUCAAUAUUGAUACUUAUAUGUAACCCUAAACAUGUAUAACAAGAGUCUGGUAAAAAAUUGUUCAAAGAAAACUUUUAAUCCGAUUGCUCGUUACAAGGUUAAUAUGCCAAUUUAUAUAUCUUCAGAAGUAGAUUUUUUGAAAUCAUGUGAAAAUUAUAAAGUUCCAAGUCCUGAGAAGUCAUGUGAAAAUUAUAAAGUUCCAAGUCCUGAGAAGUCAUGUGAAAAUUAUAAAGUUCCAAGUCCUGAGAACCUUAUUGCAUGGCAUGCUCAGUCUGGUACAUGUAUGAAAUUGCAGCCUCACAAACAUAAGGUCACAGGUUCAAAAUUGAAAGUUUUUUGCCAGUAAGAUUGGCUUGUAAUCAUAAAUAUAUACAAACAGAAUGGCUAUGAGAACUGAAUGCUGAAUGAAAAACCUAGAAUUGUGUUCAUGCUGUUUAAAACGCAGUAAAAAUGUUACUUGGAUUUGUACUAAUCAUUGGUAAAAAUGCGUCAAUUAAACAGUUCAAUAUAAACAGGUUUAUUGUUAAAAUUGAGUGAACCAGCUACCGGUACUUUUCAAUAAGAUGUUUAUAUUAUAUAGUUUGAUUUUGAGGUUUGAGAGGUCAAUUUAUAGACUUGUCUGCCGAUUAGGGAAAUCAGCAUGAUUCACCUUACCUUAUUUAGGUAAGAAACACUAUCGUACUUAGUAACACUACCUAAAUAAUGGACCAUUCCAUUAUCAAAAGUACAAAAACAUGGCUGACCUCGAAAUCGAACUAUAGUUACUGACAGAUUAUAGUAGCAAGGAUAUAAUGUGUUCAUCUUUAUCAGUUAUCAAUAAUAAACAUGUUUAUAGCUUUCUGCUUAUCUGACAUAUUGUCCUGAACGAUCUGUAGGUCCGUGAACUUUUAUAUUACUCGAUUUGUUUACCAAAACUUAUUUACUACAUCAUGUUUUUCUUUACUCUUGAUUGCUUUCUGUUGUUUUUUCUUUUAUUAACCUUUACCUUGCUAUAUUUCUAAAAUAGACUGGUCUAUCAUUGAAUUUGGAUAGUCCAUUUAUUAGAUGAAGGUGUGUUCAUUGAAAAUUUACUGAUGGAGUAGCGAACAAUUGCAGACCAAUAUCAGCCUGAGAUCUUGGUCUGCACUGGUUGCAAAGGCAAAAUCACUUGCCACCAGCAAGCUAAAGGUUAAAAAUGACUUUUUCAGAACUUAGCACAGACUGUACUUUGAAUGAUUCUGAAGAAAAUGGCAUUCACAUUUCUGAUUGGUUGUUACUUGACGCAUUUAUUAUUUUUCAGUUGGUGGAGCUUUGCUAUAUAUGUUUCAUGGCAAAAAUUUGCAAGAGAAACAAAAAUGGUGUUACAGUAAUUUUGUAUUGUUGUAUGUAUCCAGAUUAUAAGACAUUACCUAAAUUUUUGUAGUAAGAGAAUCUAAACUUUUUCAAUAAUCCUCACACAUACACUGGGACUGAAUGGGGUAGCAAAAAAAAAUGGGGUAAGAGAAAAAUAAAUAAAUUUUCUGUAUAUUCAAUGCAACAUUAUGGAUAUGCUUGAUGUCUCUGGUAUUUACCUGUGAAUCCAAAUUACACGAGGUGAAAUCUUAACUGUUCUAGAGGGUAUUCAUCACAGCUGGAACAAUUUUGUUGUUUUUUUUUUUUGUAGUUUUGGGAAGUUUGCAGAAUUGUGAUAACCUUAUGCUGUUGAAUGCAUGUUUAAAUUUGGUGAACUGAAAACUGUUUUAGUUGUUUCAUUAACACUUUCCUUAAAAGAUAAAUUAAGUGAAUUCUUAACAGGUAUUUAAUUGAUUGAAUUGUUGUCAAAGCAGCCCUCUAAGGGAGACAACUGCUUUUUGUUCACAAUUUACUCUCUAACACAGUAGUGUCCCUUUGUAUUGCUUUUUUCUCUUGCAAAUAAUUGUCGCUUUUUUAAGAAAUAAAAAUGCCUAUUGCACGGUUUGGUAAUUAUGUAGCAGAAGAAAGAUAAAACGGUUGUAAUAUAUAUCUACCUAGAUCUCAUAAUUAUCCUGUUAAUUGUUUACAUUUAAUUUUGACGGAAAAUCUUAUAUUUUGAAAACAGGCAAAAGUAUGAAUCUCAUGUUUUGGAGAUUAAGUUACUAAAACAUGCUCUAUAUUUUUAAUUAAAUGUUUUUUGUUACACGUGCAAACUAUUAUUACACGUGUAAACUGUAGUUGUCCUACCAAGCAUAACUGCAGCAUAUUUUUGAUGUAUGUACAAACAUUGCUUUUGACAAUAUAUUAUACACUUGUCUGAUAUUGUUAAACAGACAUGUAAUUUUGCAGACAGUUUAUUCGAAUAAUUUUCAAAAUUAUUUAUUCAACCUGUUGACUUGUAACAUGCUGAUACUCUUACUAAACCAUUUGAAACAAAAUACUUAUGAAAAAAAAAACAACACUUAAACGAAAUAAACGGCCUUAAAAUCUGCGAGAAAAUGAGAUAAACAUGGCGUAAAAUGAUAUAAGCUCAAAUGUACAAAAGCUGAUUUAAGGAAGAGUGAAUUGUACUGUAUUCAUUAGAGAUGAACUAUUGGCAUCAUUUGACAAAGUUGAAAUAACUGUUUGUACUGGAAUACUGGUGUCAUUUCAGCAAUGGUCCAAUGUUACAAAACUGAAUAGUAUACCAGUCUCAAAUCUGUAUAGUAAACCAGUCUCAGAUCUGUGUAGUAAACCAGUCUCAAAUCUGUAUAGUAAACCAGUCUAAAAUCUGAGUAGUAAACCAGUCUAAAGUCUGUGUAGUAAGCCUGUCUAAAAUUUGUGUAGCAAACCAGUCUAAAAUCUCUGGCAACUGAUUGGCUGUUUCUAAGCACAGUUGACCAAUGGCAAGGACGCAUUCCACGACUGGUCGCCACAAUCAGUGUUAUACCCUUGGACCUAGUCUUAAGAUAGGCAUUGUGCAUGUGUGCUAGGUAGGACAAAUAUAGUUAGGCCAGGUAGAAAGAUGGACUAGACUGUUUAUUUCAGUUAAAUAUUUCUGUAGUAUCUUAAACUGACAACAAUGUUGUUACUAGAAAGUGAAAUUAAAGAAAAUUUCCGUAUGCAAAAUGGAAACAUGUGAUAUGGACAAUAUUUUUUUCUAUUUUCUGCAAAUUAGACAAUGAGAAAAUGAUAUGAAAUAAAAGUAUGUAGGCAUUA